CUAUACAAGGAUUCAAAAGUUUGCCGAAGGGAUGAUAUUCCAUGGGUAGUGUUGGGUGACUUUAAUGUCAUAGAAAAAGUAAACAAGGCAUGAUUCAAGCCAAAUUAUACAUAUUUAUACCUCUCUUUUUUGGUCGUUUAACUUGAAUUUCAUCGUCCUUGGAGCCGUUUAUGCUAGGUUUUGCAUGUUUGAGUAUGUUUCACGUUCUAGUAGUUGAAAUUGGCAAAAGGAACGAGAGUCGAACAAAAGGGAGUCAAAAUGGGACAAAAUGGUGAAAAGUGUCAAAGAUCACGCUUCGUGGCAUUUCUUCACAACCAAGACAUGACUUCUGCAUCAAAACCGUGAAGAUUGCAUAUAUCACAGGAGGAAGAAGACAUCUCACGGGCAUGUGAAAAUGUCACGGGUGACAGACCGUGACAUCAACAUAAAAAGUGUGAGGUCUGCAGAGACCCACGAAGCCGAAGUCACCUUGUGGGCAGUUGCAAAUAUCGCGGCCUCAGAUCGUGAGGAUUACACCCAAACCAUGAAGAUUGUAAGUGAAAUGGUGUGCAUCCAUUAGACCUCACAGCCAUGAUGGGAAACCGUGAACUUUGCACUUUCUAGCUAUAUAAAGGAGCAGAAAUCAGAUUUCAAGAGGAGGAGCUUAGAGUGAGAAAGAGCAUAUGUUGGGUAGAGAAAAAGUGACGAAGGAGAUUGAUAUACAUUUAAGCUUUGAAUGCUUUCUAUCAUCAACUUCAUAUUCUUUAAGAACUUUGCCUUAUUCAAGCUCACACUAUUUUUAUGAUUUUUGAAUUUUUUUCUAUUGGAAACAACUAUUUUUUUCUUUUUAUGAAAUUUUCUCAUGGUGGAGAGUUCAUUUUGAACUUUACCCUUAUUGGUUGAGCAAAGUUAAUGGCAUGUUCACUUCCCAUUUUGUUUUCUGUUUUUUGUUGUGAAAAUGAAAAUCAAGAAACAAAUGGUAAAAGCCAUGUGCACUUCUAAUUUUUGUUUUCUGUGGAAAAAAUAGAAUGCUAUAAAUGAGGUAUCUGACGGAAAACGAUAAAAUUACAUUUCUGAGAAACUAUGACACGGUUUUCUCCCCGUUUCCUGGCGAAAAAUCAUUAUUGUGCACUAAUGAGUCUUCCCGUUCGAAUCCCGCCAGCCCCUUCUUUUUUUCCUUUAUGGUUUUUGCUAGCCUGGGAGCCUUCCUCCCAAUUGUAGGACUUAAGGUUGGGAAACGGGACGGGACGAGAUACUCGUCCCGUUUGAAACGGGUACCUAGUCCCAUUUGAAAAGCAAUCUACAUCCCAUGUCCCAAACCCGUACUACGAGUUAACGAGUACUCAUUACCCGUACGGGACGGAUAACGGGUACCCAUACUACCCGUUCAAUUGGGAGUAGCAAUGUUGACUACGGGGAAUGAGAUCGCUGCAUCAGAAGGAAAAUCGUCUCGUCGCAAAACUUAUAGGCCUGGGGAGAUUGCCGCAUCGGAGGGGAAACGCGGAAUAGACCCAUCAUUCAUAGAGAAAGAUCAUAUUGUUUGUGCGUCUUAUGAGUUGGUUGCUGACUAUUUUGUUUCUUUUUCUUUCAAUUUCUUCUCUAGUGAGAUGGUAAAUAAGGAUUACCCAGUGUCCAAUGAGAGGCCAAACUCUUAUUGAUUGAGUGGAGAUAGUUAUAUUCCGUGUAUGAUUUAUUAGUUACCCCGUGUCCAAGAGUAUAAUAGUAAUUUUGAGUUUAGAAAAGAGUAGGGUGUAACAUUUCCUCCACUUUGUUGAUACUGCUCGAAUUUAGUCCCUUCAACUUAUUGGGAAUUUCUCCUGCUUCUUGCUUAGUCUCAUAAUCCUUUAAAAAGAUCAUUUAUCUCUUUCAAAUAAUGUCCUCAAACUGAAAUUUGUUUUCAACAUUUUUCAUUACUUAAAUUAUCUCAAAUAAUUCAAUAAUCCUUUGAAUAAACCUCACAAAGUCCUUAUAAAUUUGAAAAAUAUAUUUUAACUUAAAAACUCUAAAAUCUAAACUUAGGUAACUCAAGUAUUAAAGAAAAAUUAUGAACUAUAAAUCAGACCUUAAUUAACCCAUUUUUCCUAUUUAAUUUUGUCAUAAAUAAAUUUUAAAACCAUGUUACAAACACUUAAAACUCCGGUUCACAAUUUUAUAACAUCCAAAUGAAAUUCUAAUUUAAAAAACAUUAUAAAAUUAAUUAAAAGUGUUAAAGUAAUUUAAUUAAUUAAAAUCUUAUUUAUAUCCAUUUUUUAAAUAGUAAAUAAAAUCUAAAAAUCCCCAAAUUAAUUUUGUAUAAACAUAAUAUUUCUAGUGACUAAACAAAUUGUCAAAUUUACCAAAAUACGUCGAAUAGAAUUUUAGUUAAUUAUUUAAUGGGUUAAUAGUAUUUCAUACCCCUGUAUUAUUUCAAAUUAACAAAUGUACACUUGUACUAUUUUUUGUGUACAAAUGUACCCUUCUAUUAUUAAAACGUAACAAUCAUAUACUUCUGUUAAAACUCUGUUAACUAACCAUUUCAGGAGGUGAGAAUUGACCCAAUUAGCCUUGGCUUAUUUCUCUUUUCUUGUUCAGGCUAAAUAAAUAAAAAAACUUAAAAUUACUUAUUUUAUGACUCUUACAAUCCCUUUGCCACGUUGAUAACCCCUCCCUUCAAUCAAUACUUCUCCGGGAGGAAACUGUAAUCGACAUAAAGAGACUCCCUCCGGUAGCGCUGCAGGCUAAGAAGAAUAUUUUCUUCCACCUCCUGAACAAAGAUCAGUGUUAUGGGACAAUCCAAGUACCACAUCGGCUAUACAAGGGAAGGAACCCUUGUAUAUUAGUGUCCACCAAUCUCAUUAGUACGAGGCCUUUUGGGGAGGACACCCAAGAGUAAAACCGUGCGGGCUCGGCCCAAAGCGGACAAUAUCGUAGGCUGCCCCGUUAUGACAAGUGGUAUCAGAGCCUGGUUCGGUCCGGGGCGGUGGACGUCAGUUUGGUGGACCCUCAUUCGGUGACCUCGGGAUUUGCGAUCUGCGUCUGGUUUGGUGGAUCCACGAGAGAUCCACGUUUGGGCUUGGCGGAUCAAAGAGAGUUUCGCAUUUGGGAAGCAUAUUAAAGAGAGUUCUGCGUCUGGUAAAGUCCUUGUAUCGAGAAGCCCAUCGAUACAAGGCAUCUGGCGGAUCAAGAUAAUCGCUGAGGUGAGGACACGAUGUUCGUGGUCCUUGGCUUGAGGGGAGGAUUGUUAUGGGACAAUCCAAGUACCACAUCGGUUAUACAAGGGAAGGAACCCUUGUAUAUUAGUGUCCACCAAUCUCAUUAGUACGAGGCCUUUUGGGGAGGACACCCAAGAGUAAAACCGUGCGGGCUCGGCCCAAAGCGGACAAUAUCGUACUAAUGGGCUGCCCCGUUAUGACAAUCAGAACCUCCUAUAGAAGCUUCUUCCUCCAUUUGCGCCUUCCUCCUACUCAGCCCAGCUUCUCCCUCGAUCGGUGAGGAAUAGCAAGUAACAAACUUUGCUUCUUGGUCUCGAGUGAUCAUCUUCCAAAGCUUCCGGAAGAUAGCCAUCUGCGUCAUAGGCUCCUAAUAAGCUCCAAGGAUGGCGCUGCGAGUGCUCUUCUCCUAUGGUAGGUCGAGAUCCUGUGCUUCUUGAUAAAGCUAUCAUAACUCUCAAUGAAGUAUCGUCCCACCAAUCUAUAUGAGAUGCACUUUUGGCUUAAUUUCCCUGCUAGGCCCACUGUCAAUGUAGCCAAGAACUCUCUGGAGAGAGCAAUCUCAUGCUAAUAAUGAAAAAGUUGCUCCAAGCAUGAUCUUUGCCUUUUUGCCCUUUUCUAUCCGCUUUCGCCCUCUUUUGUUCAACUUUCGCUUCGAAAACCAAUUUUACUAGCACCUGAAACAUGCUGGAAACACGCACAACCCUAUUGUAUAUGUUAGCAGAUUAGGCCCAUACUUUUGUAUAUAGUCCAUUGUAUAUAGCCCAUUAGCGAGUUUCGGUUGUAUGAGGUGUUGUGGCCGAGAGUUUAGCCCUAGCAGGAGUCUUGGAGAGCUAGGGCUGGCGACAUCUAUUUAGAGAGAAGCAUCACGUUGUAAACAGGCAAGCAAAACAAUAAUAAGAUUCAAGCUCGGAGAGUUCUAGCUCUCCCGUGGAAUAGUCCCGAUAUCGGGGAAACCACGUAAAUCGUGUCUCGUGCUUUCCUCUUUGUUUUCGUAUACGUUUUGUGAUAAGAGUGUUUUGAUAUUAACAUGGUAUCAAAGCUAUCGUCUAUGGAUUCGGAUAGGGUUUCGGUUCGCUUGAACUCCAAGAGCUAUGCUCUUUGGGAGUUUCAGUUUCGGAUUUUUAUCGAAGGCAAGGGCCUUCUUUCGUUUCUGGAUGGUACUUCGUCACGGCCUACGGUGCCGCCUUCGACUGCUGAAGAACUGGCCAGGUGGAAUCAAUCUGAUGCUCGUGUGAAAGCAUAUAUUCUCGGUUCCAUUGAGCCGACAAUAUGCUUAGGUCUGCGUCUGUUGCGCACAGCUAGGGACAUCUGGGUCCAUCUCGCCAACACCUACACCACAGCUGAUCUGGCACGUCAAUUUGAGAUUCAAUUUCAGCUAGCUCGUCUCGAGCAGGGAGAUCUCGACGUAACUUCAUACUACAACGAAGCUCAAUUACUGUGGACGGAACAAGACUUGUUGACGGUUGCCUUGUGCUCUGCUACGGCCUCAGCUGAAGUGCUUCUCGAUCGGCAGCGCACGCGUAUGAUGCAAUUCUUGAGUCGGCUGCGGCCGGAGUUUGAGUCCGUGCGUGCUUCCCUGCUCCAGCGCGAGAGUUUGAAGAUGGACGGGAUUCUGGCCGUCCUUGUACGCGAGGACACGCGCCUCCGAACGCAAGCCCAGCUGGACGUUCGUCCAGGCGCGGGAGAAGCUGUCUUUGCCGUGGCCGGUGCGUCAAACACGCUGGGCUUCGGCCGCCUCCAUCGCAGCGUUCCAUUUCAGCUCCAUCUGGUGGUGAUGAAGCUUUUGCAAUAAGCCGCCCUCAAUUUCAACGUCCCAUGUCUGAAAUUAUAUGUCAUCAUUGUCGCACUGCUGGCCAUUAUCAAAAUUUUUGUCGCCAACGCAAUUUCUGCGUAUAUUGCAAAAAGAAGGGGCAUAUCAUCACCGACUGCCGCCUCAUUCAGCCCCGCUCGUCUGGUCCAUCUUGUGCCGCUGCUGCUGCACCGACUGGUGGUGCCUUUGCUGCCCAACCAGUUCCCGUUGCCGAGGCUACUCCGAGUCCAUAUAUGACUGCCGAAGCUGUGGAAUAGUUGGUCCAUUCCGCGUUGCAACGGUCGUUAACGACAGCUAUCACAAGCGCCUUUGCCUCGCUGCACAACACUGGUACGUCACCCCUUCCAUGGCUUUUGGACUCGGCAUGUUUUAAUCAUAUGACCGGUAGUACGCAUCAAUUUACGAAGCUUAAAUCUGCUAAAUCUUGUGGUAUUCAAGUUGCUAAUGGGGACAAACUUGCUGUAAGUGGUAUGGGAGAUAUAGUAGCACCACGAAUUACCCUAUCUAAUACUCUAUGCGUACCGAAACUUGUUCCUAAUCUUGUUUCGGUUGGUCAAUUAACUGAGCAAAAUUGCCGUGUUGUGUUCGAACCCUCGACUUGUGUUGUUCAGGACAUGAAGACGGGGAGGCAGAUCGGAAGGGGGAGUAAACUUGGUCGGGUAUUUCAACUGGAAGCAUUGUCGGGUCAACCUCAAUCAUCGUCGGGCUUUAUUUCCUCUGGGUCGGAGUCAUCUCUUGAGUCUCAAUCUAUGGUUUCGUCUCCUGUUUUUUCUAGUUUGCCGAAUAAUGAGUUUGAAUUAUGGCAUUCGCGUUUAGGUCACCCCCAUUCGAGUCGGCUUGUAACCAUGUUUAAACAACAGCUAUUUGGAAAUAAAAAGGUUGAUUUUGCUUCUGGUAAUUUUCAGUGCACAAGCUGCGUGGAAGCUAAAACCACUCGUCGAUCUUUCCCUUCCAGUAAAACAGUUGUUCUUGAUCCUUUUCACAUCGUUCAUACUGAUCUCUGGGGGCCUUCUCCCACUGAUUCUCGUCAUGGUUACAAGUAUUUUGCCUUAUUCGUAGACCAUGCAACUCGUUUUACCUGGGUCUACUUUCUUCGUCUCAAAUUAGACCUUCUAUCUGUCGCAACUGAUUUUUUGAAAAUGAUUCAAACUCAAUUAGGUCAAACUGUGCGUAUCAUUCGUUCUGAUCCUGGGGGGAAUUUAGCUCCAAUCCGUUAGCCAGUUUGUUUAGGUCUCAGGGGAUUUUAACUCAGAAAUCUUGUCUCGGUGUCUCCCAACAAAAUGGUCUCGUAGAGCGUAAGAAUCGUCACGUAGUUGAACUUACUCGAGCUAUGCUUCUUGCUUCUCGUGUUCCGGCUCGGUUUUGGCCUGAGGCUGUAGCUACAGCCGUUCGGUUAAUUAACUACCAAAUUACUC